GAGAAGGAUUCGUCGACCAUUUUGAAAAUUUAUAUUUUCUUAUACAAACGCAUUGUUUUAUGUGUUAAUAAAACACAGAAGAACAUUUUAACAGUGAAGAUUUGAAGAACACUUAUGUGAAAAUGAUUGCAAAUAUGCUGGUCAGCGAUAGCUAGGUUUUUUAUUACAGAACGCCAAAAUGACUGAGGAAAUUAUAUAUCAGCGAAAGGAAACAAAUAAGCAAGAUGCGUACCAAAGAUAUCAACACAUGGAAGACACACUGAGGGGUACAGAGGAGCAAAACUGGCUAAAAUGUAUGAUAGCGACUUAUAAAUCCAAAGAUGUUCUGGCGAGCUUUGCUAAAUAUGCAUUUGACGAAUUUUACAAACAAAUACGAAGAAUGUGUGUCAAAAAAGGCAUAACAGACGAAACGACGUGCAAUAUUUGCAACGUGGAUAAAUUAUUUCCUGUAGGGCAGUCAUCAUGCAAACUCUGUUUAGAAACACGUGACUUGAUUUGGAAAUAUCACCGGCACAAGAGACAUCACUUCGAAGGACCGUCAUGGAACAUUACAGACUCUACGAAAUGGUGCACUGACACAUGGCAGUUGGCCAAGUGCUACAUGCCUCUCAAAGGCUACGAAGAUGCACAAAGUGCCAAAACCACGGUCUUCAAUGGUAUCAUUGGUGUCAUAUACAACUGUACUUGGAUGCAGAAGUAUUUUGCAGCAAACCUUGGACAAGAUCAAAAUAUAUGCACUGAGGCCAGGAAUGAGGUUAACAGACUACGACAUCUACAUGAAAUGAAAAUGUCUAAUACUGAUAUGAACAACGUCUUUAAAUGCCUUCAGAAUAUUCUGAAUGAUCAAAAAUGUCUCAGAAGUUUUGUUUCUUCUGAAGACACAAGAAAAUUUGUACACCAGCUGAAGACAGACAUACUUCAGUUGGCAAGCGCAACAUUGAUCGAAACAAUCGAAAACAUGCACGCAGCUUUAACUAGUGAAAAUGGCAGUAUUACAAGUGGACAACUUACUGACAUUUUAAAAAAACUGUACGAGGACAGGCAAAAAGUGUUGCAAAUGUUGUUGAUUGAAACGUAUCGCAGAAAGUACUGCGCGGUUUCAAUAAACAUGCUACAUGAAGGUAUAGAUCGCAGCCUCACCGAUGUGCAUGUCCAUCCCAAAGUAUUCGAACUGAAACGGCAGUAUCCACGGGAACAAACUGACGGUCAAAAAGGCACACUUAAAGGACAAUACUCCGUCUUAAAUUAUCGCGACAUAUUCACUAAAGAAGGUACUCCUUCCCAGCAUAUUUAUUUGCAGGGCGAACCUGGUACAGGAAAAUCCACAUUUUGUACACAGCUGCUAAGUGACUGGUGCGCCGCACAUAGUCCAGUGUAUCCAGACAACAAGCAGAGUAAUGAAUCCAUUACAGAGGUUCAAGGAACCGUAAACAAACAGCCAUUUUCCGAUUUAAACAUUCUUAGAAAGUAUAGGUUUCUGUUUUAUGUGUCAUUACGUGAUAUGAGGGGUAGCGAGUGCAAUAUAUCACGAAUGAUAACAAACCAGCUAGGAGUUACAUUGGAUCAACACUUUAGGCAGGACGAGUGUCUCAUAGUCAGCGAUGCUGCAGAUGAAUGGACACAUCCACCACCAGGUAGCGCUUCAUGUCAAUGUACGAACAAUAGGGAGUUUCCUUCAGAAAACGUGGUCGGAAAAAUUACAUUUUUUACAACAUGCCGUCCUUGGAAAUUGGCAAAUGUGCGAAUAAGUGACACAUCGACUCGAACAUUCGAAAUUGCCGGUGUAUUAGACACCACAUUGUUAAUUGAAAAGGUUUUUCGUGUAUGUGGACGCACGAAGACAGAUGAAAUUCGAUUUGUUGAUUGCAUUUCAGAAAGGAAUUUCACUCAGCUCGUUGAAAUACCCGUGAUUUUAAUGCAACUUAUUAUUCAGUGGAUCUCUGGUUACACACUGUCAGAUUCCAGAUGUGCCAUUUAUGUUAACCUCAUUGAUAUGCACUUAGGAAGGGCACUAAAGAAACACAAUCUGCAAUCAUUUGACAGAGAAAAGAGUGUUUGUUUACCUCUGCCAGAUCCAAUGCAAGACGAAAAAAAUGUACACAUCAAGGCGAACGUUGCCACAGUGACAGCCCUCAGUAAACUAGCGUUUUAUACGCUGUUCGGUAUAAAUAAGAGUCAGGCGAUUGUUUUUCCGGAGAAUUCAGUUAUUCAGCAUAUAGGCGAAGGCUAUUUGGAAUCGUUUCUGCACACGGGAAUUUUAACUGAAAGAAAAUCACUUGCACUAAAUCCACCUACUUGGCGCUCUUUUUCAUUUCAGCACAAAACGGUUCAAGAAUUUCUGGCCUCAGUUUAUUUAUUCAUGGAAUCACACUCAAAGGAUUUAAAUAACUCUUUGGACAAAAUGCUAGCCAUUAUAAAAGAAACAUACGGUAGCAAAGAUAAUGUACUAGGACUUGAACAAAUAUUUCUUUUUACAUGUGGCCUCUUUCCAAAAGCAGCAGAAUAUUUGUCUCAACAUAUCAUAGAUAUUACAGCACAGCAUUUAAUGGAGGAAUACGAGCAAAGUUUAAAAACGUGUGAUCAUGUAUUUAGGGACCUCACAAUGUUUUCUCCAAUAAAAAUUGCUAAUCGUCUGAUACUUGAUGGGUUUUAUGAAGGAAAAACUAACAAAAAUGAUGAUCUUCAACUUAAAUGCACCCAUCUUUUAAAUGAUUCAUCGAAAUCAUUUCGAUCCGCGGAAGAACAAUUGAUUGAAAAAAACAAAAGCAAUAUUGUCGCAUUUUCUAACGCGGAUAGGCUGCCGGACGUGCUUCUUAACAAGGUUUUUAAAUGUUCAGGUGAUAAUCUCACAUAUUUAGACAUUAAUGGUUUUUCCUCACAUAAGGAAUUCGACUUUUCAAAUCUAAUAAAUCUUCAGUUUAUGUAUGUCGGUUUUGGAAUUGUUGUUACAAAUAUUGGUGCAAGAAAUUUAAAAGGUUUCUUUUUAAGCAAUGUUCCGGAUAAAACGGAAGAAUGUAUUUUGAAAACAGCUCAACGGUAUUGGAAAAACAGUUUAAAAUAUAUGUUUAUGUCAGGCUGUAGAAAUGUCAUUUUAUUAGAAGAAACAGUUCGAGAAAUGAAAAGCCUUUUGAUUUUACGGGUUAAAGGAAAUUCCCAUAUGCAGCGAAGAACAGACACCGAUGAGCAUGCUCAUAAAUUAAAUAGCACAAAAAUGGAUACCCAAAAAAUGGAAGUAUGCUCUCUUGAACAGGCGGGUGGUUUGGUAGAAACAACUUUCUUGCGCUCUAUACUAAACACUGUAAACAACAUAUCGCACUUCUCAAUUGAUGGGUACGAAUCUACAGAACUUUUAUUGCGAGCACUUGUUGAACUAUCGAAGGUGAAAACGCUUUGCAUAAAAAACACAAAAAGAGCACUAACGAAUAUUGAUACAGACGUAUCAUUAACAAUGAACGCAGGACAUCUGCGUGCAUGUACUCUUGAAAAUGUGGAACAAGUCAUUGAAAAAACUGUUCUGAAUGCUUUGUCAACCACUGGACAUCGAAUUAAAUUUUUGAGAAUAGUUGGCUAUGGAAACCAUAAUUUAAUUCCCGCUGUACUGCCACAUCUUUCCAGCUUAAUCGUCUUAGAAAUUUCAUUCAUAUCAUGUUUUGAUGAUACCAGACGCAUGCCUUCGUCAGGCCAGGAAAAUGAACGAUGUUUAAGCAUAUGUUUACAAUAUUGUUAUUCAUUCCGUUUCUUGCGUCAAAUGUUGUCAGUAUUGUCUAUUCCCAUCAGGUUGACAUUGGCACAGCAACGUCGUUUUAAAGAUAAGCAAUCAACGGCUGGAUCUUCAAAUACUAGUAAUAUACAAACUACAGUCAAUAUUAUAGAAUGCAGGCUGGAAAACGUGCUACCACUUCUAGCAAAUGUUAUUCUAGCAUGUUUAUCGAAAAAUGGGAAUGAAUUAACGUCCAUUGAACUCAUAGGGUAUUUUCCAUAUCAACAACUACUUAAAACACUUCCUUGCCUGUCGAACCUUGAGAAACUUAUCUUAACCAAUGCGGUAAUUGAACUUCAGAUAGAACAAUCAGUACGGUUAAUGGACACGAGUAAACUUAUUCAAUGUAAGCUGCUACAUUCUGAAGUUGCAUUAACGCAAUAUUUCCUAGAAUCAUUUGGAGAAAAUAACACAACUUUACAAGUACUAGAACUAUCAAAUUGCAAUUUAGACAGUAUUUUGAAAAUCUGUCCUCGUUUGUUGAAUCUACACAAACUUAUAAUGAAACACUGCUCUACAAAUGUUUUUGAAAGCAAAAGAUCUAGUGCUGCACAUACGCAUAUAGAGCCAAUAAUAUCCACCAAACUAGAGAAAUGUAAACUCAUACAAGUUGACAAAUCUGUAGAAGCAUAUAUUCUGCAAGCUCUUCCAAAGGCUUCUGAAAGUUUACAAUGUCUUAAAAUUGAUGGAUGUCAAUGUCCCGAUAUUUUGUUGACAACACUUCCCAGCCUCGUGAACUUGAAUCAUGUGGAGGUUGUUCACAGUUUAUUUGAUAAUCAAAUUGUAUUUACUGGAAAAAGAUCACAAUUUAGCUUAUGUCUAAGAGAUAUACGUGCCUCACCUACCCUUUUGUGUAAAGCACUUUCAAAACUGUCACGUCUCAGAAAUAUUGAAAUCGAAAACUUUUCGAUUUCUCACUCUGAAAAAGAGAAAUAUGGAUUAAAAUCAUUACCUUGUGUCGACAUGAGCUACCUUGAAGAUUGUUUGCUAAAUAAUGUUGAAAGUUGUAUAGUAAAAAUGAUUCUAGAAUCGUUGUUCAAAACUGGAUACAGCCUGAAACGCUUUCAAAUAAUUGGUUGUACAUAUGAAGAUUUGCUGCUUAUGGUCAUUCCGAAAUGCCCUCGUUUAAUAUUUGUAGAUGCGAGUAACCUAGAUGAUGCUGAGAUUUAUUAUGCGGAUAAUUGGAAAGAAAAGAAUUUACUCAGCCUGAGACUUUGGAAUUUCGAAACACCUGAAAGUAUAUUGACAUUGCUAAGAGAAAUGCCCAAUGUUAAAAGACUUCGAAUAGAAAAUGAAUAUGAGUGUGCGUCCAAGCGUACAUUAAGACAAUGUCAUGCAGAUGCAAGCUUACCAAAUGUACAAACAACCGCUCUUGAGGAAUGCACUCUGAUUAAUGUUGAUGCUAUUUUAGAAAGAACAAUCCUGAACUCACUAUUAGACACUGAUAACAAGUUGAAGCGCCUUACCGUUAUUGGUUGUAGAAACGAAAUUCGUGUGCUAAAAGCUAUAUUGAACAAUUCGCAUGUGUUAUAUCUGAAUGUUGAUUACACAAAUCUUGAAACUGUGGAAACGUGGACCGAAAAUGCAUGUUUUAGAAUACGUCUAAAAAAUUAUUCUGCAAUUGAAAUUCUUUUCAUGAAGUUGUCACAACUUUCUAAUCUCCAGGUACUAAAUAUUGAAAACGAUGCGGAACUUAAUGAAAAUCAAACCAUGCGAAUACUACCAUAUGUAGACACAAGUAAACUCAUGCAGUGUAGACUUGUAAACGUUGAUCACAUAGUAGAAAAAACUGUUCUACAACCAUUAUUAAACAAAACAAGUGGCUUAUAUACCUUGUCUUUAAUUAGGUACAAGUCUUGGCAACUGGUAUUACAAACGCUUCGCCAUCAUUUUUCGAAUCUCCAUACACUUCACUUAGAAAGUAAUCCGAAAUGUUUAAGCGAACAAACAGAAACAUACUCAAAUGAAAUAGAUCAACUGCCAGUAAACAAUAAAAAGCUGAAUAUUGAUCGUUGCUGUCUUGUGAAUGUGGACCAUGUGCUCGAAGUGUAUAUUUUAAAGUCACUGUUAAACUGUAAGAAAUCUGAACUGUCAGAGUUCACAUUCAUCGGGUGUAAAGCAGAAAAGCUGUUAUUAGCCACAUUGAUUCAUGCACAGCCGAAUAAUUUAAUAGACAUCGACUGUUCAGACAUGAAUAAUGCGAACAAACGCGGCUGUGAAGGACACAGAGGCAAAAGAGUUUCCGUAAGGAACUGUCAAUUGACAAAUUAUAUACUGAAAGCGUUGCCUUUACUAUCGAAUCAGACUAAUGUACUUUGGCUUGAAAAUGUUCCGAAAAAUCCUUUACAAACAGUAAAUAUACCGGAAAUUAGCACCGGCUCUCUAUGGGAUUGCAGACUCGUUAAUGUGAAUCGUAGUAUAACAGAAGUUGUCUGCAAUGCUCUGGUAAAUACUGGACACAUGUUGGAGUGCUUUGUUAUAACUGGGCCGUUUUGCAAUAACUAUGCACUAAACCACGUACCUCGACCAUGGUACAUUGUCAUGAUGUAUAAAAAAGAUAAAUAUGAUAGCUCAUCGUUCUACCGAGUCCAAUACGGAAAUCAACAAAAUAAAACUUCCAGAAAAUUGGUGCGAGAAGUAAUAAAUAUAAACCAUUUAAAUUCAGUGCUUGAUGUGACUGCAUGCAGGAAACACGCAAUCCGUAUUAAUGAAAAGGUGAGCACACCUCGUCAUUUUGAGUCGAGCCAUUCUAAUUUGAGAGGACCAAUACCGCAUUACAUUAUAAGAUUGUUAUACGUUCAUGACUGUUGUAUGUUAAAUCCUAUUUUAAAUGGACAAAAUCACUUUACGGCUCUGACAAAUGUGAUGUUCGAGAAUACGGACAUUGGGGACAUGUUUACCCAACUUCCUCAGUUUAUAAAUAGAUUGAUUAUACAAAAUUGUGUUUUAUCAGCAAACUCAUUGAAGCAAAUAAUUAAGUGUGCAUGUACAUUGAAACACAAUGUUAACUGUGAAUUCAUCGGAUGUAUAUUCACACCUGCAUCAGAACUUAUGGCAGUCGUGCUAUGGGUAAGAACAGUACCAGGAGGUAGUGUGAAACGUAAACGAUCGGGUUUGCAUUUAACGUACAAACAAUAAAUGCGUUAAUUCGUAUCGUUAAGGGUUGUUAUUUAUAUACAACGAUUAUACUGUAUCACACAAUGAUAUCCUUUAUGAUGGACUAUGUUAUUAAAGGAAUUGCAUUAUUUUUAAUCCAUAAAACAUGUUCAAAUACACAGACAGAAAACACUCUUGAAACGUAUGUUUGCUGUCGGUUGAAAGGUCAUUGAUAAGAGUUUGAAGCGUCUAUAAACGAUCUUAUUAGUGUGUUAAGACAAUCAGACUACAGUAAACGUUGAUAAAUCAAAAACUAUAAUAAAAGUUCAGAAGUAGCAACAGAAAAUUAAAGAAAGAUUGCUUUAUCCAAUUUCAAAUAAUUAUCUGUUGUAGAGCAGAAAACGCCUUCAUGUAUUCAAGAAAGUGUACUAUGUUAUGAAAGCACCAUUUAUUUGUGCAGAUUCUUUCAUGCGACACAUAUAAUAGUACAGAAAACGUGUCGGGAUCGGCGUUAAUUUGCUCGUUAUCAAUUUCACUGAAGUAAAAGAUAGAUGAUAAAUGGCACCAUAUAAAGAUUGUAUUUUUAUUAUGUCCCCCACCACUAUAGUGGGGUACAUAUUGUUUUUGCCAUGUCUGUUGGUUUGUUUGUUUGUUUGUGUUUUUGUUUGUUUGUUUGCCCCAACUUUAACAUUUGCAAUAACUUUUGCAAUAUUGAAGAUAGCAACUUGAUAUAUAGCAUGCAUGUGUAUCUCAUGGAGCUGCACAUUUUGAGUGGUGAAAGGUCAAGGUCAUCCUUCAAGGUCAAAGCGGCGCAAAAGGGGACAUAGUGUUUAUGACAAACGCAUAUCUUGCUUUUAUAACAUGUUUCGGUACUAUUCAUAUGGUUAAUGAUUGCAAGAAUAAAAUGUUGAUAUUAAAUCGUAUAUACUUGAAAGGUUUGCUGAAUAUCUAUUAUUGCAGAUGUAAUUGUAAAACGCCAAACGUGUUAUUUAUUCGAACGGUGAUAAAUAUUCUGAUGAUUCUUGAAUUAUAAACGUUCAUAGAUUCCGGUGUUUAAUUUAAUUUCCAAAUUUAAGGUAAUUAUAAAUGUUUAAAAUUGGAAAGUUUAUAAUGGACAAGCGAUGAGAUUAUUUAAAUAUAUGCUUCGUGCGCUGUCACUAAUAGUUUCGAGAAUAUCAGAAAUUAACAGCCCUGUUAUCGCUUAUUAUGCAAAAUACUAUUGAAAAAGAAGUUUCAAUUCUAUCAGUGAAAUGCAUUCGUACGUAUCGGAAAAUUUAUGUGGUUGCCUCAACACUUAACAAGCAAAAAUAUGCGAGUGCAGUUAUGCACAUAAAUAAUACUGUUUGAUUGCAACACAUUGCUGCGUUUGAAAAGUAUUGCACUAUAUUGUAAACAAUAUAUUAUUAUUCUCUCCUCUACAUGGCUUGCUUUGUGCUGUAAUUUAGCAGUGUUGUAUUGUGUGUUUUAAUAUUUUGUUCUUAAAAACAUUUGCUUUGAAGCUGUAUUUUUUAUAUGCUGUAUAUAAAUAUAGAAUCAAAGACGGAUUUAGAGUUCAAAAUAAUGUGUAUAAUCGUAU